AUGUUAAGGACUUUGGUAUUUUGGAAUCUGGUGUCCCAUACUGCCAUUUUUUCGUUGAAUUUAUCAUUCAAGCAGCUGUCAUUGGUGCAGUAUCCAAUUUUGGCAGACUUCCUGUCGCUCUCGGUAAUUUCCAGCGAAUUACUUUCCGCUUUGCUUCUUUUGCAGCUUUUGUCGACAAUUAAUGAAACCAGCAGCCUGUUUUGGCGAACCCCUCAAGAGGCUGAGCAUGAUGCCAAGCAUCGCGACUAUUCAAGGUACAAUUACGGCAAAAAGCUGGACAUCAAAAAUCCAGAUGAUAUAGAAGAGACGUUUGAAGACAUAAAUUCAACUUGCGCCAUUCCACGUGCUGUAUAUAAACCGCCGAUUGGGUAUGAAUUGCCGGCUUGGGCAAAAAGUAGCUCAACUUAA